AUGACUAUUGUCCGUACUUUGAUUUCUGUUGCUGCUGUUCGUCAUUGGCCUCUUUAUCAGAUGGAUGUUAAGAAUGCUUUUCUUAAUAGUUAUUUCACUGUGGAGCUCCACACUGUUGAUGAUGUCUCUCUGGAUGAUCCCACUUUAUAUCGUGAGCUUGUGGGUUGCUUAGUCUAUAUGACGGUUAUUCGCCCUGAUCUUGCCUAUGCUGUUCAUGUGGUUAGCCAGUUUGUUUCUACUCCUUGCUCUACACAUUGGACUGCUUUGGUUCAGAUUCUUUGCUAUUUUCACAGUACUAUCUUCCAAGGCUUGCUGUUAUCGUUUACUUCUUCCUUGGAGUUAGUGGCCUAUGAUGAUGCUGAUUGGGCCGGUGAUGUUACCAAUCGUAAGUUCAUUUUUGGUUUCGGUAUGUUUCUUGGCAAUUCCUUGAUCUCUUAG